AGCACAUGGCGCUGUGACCAGUAAUGUUUGUGAAGAUUCUGCCCAUUUGAAACUCGAAAGAUCUCAUUUAAGCUGCGGCUUUAAUGACGUUUCCUUUACGUGAACAUUCACCUCUCUGCACGGUGCGUUAGCUGUUAUUCCCCCCACCCCCUCCCUUCUCUCUCUUUCUCUGUUGGAUCCCCGGCAGCACGCUCUCCCACCCAAAACUCCUCGCAUCCCCUUCCAUGCUACAGAACCUACAACGCUUCCUCCUGCCCCGUGUAGCUGGCGAUGCUGAUCCGAAUGGCCGGGACUGGUCAUACUGCAGACGACUGGCUGUGAUGUGAAUUUCUCCUGAUUUUACUUUGGUGGGAUGGGUCACGGGUUUGGAAGAUGUUGCUGAAGGAAUCUUGACAAGUUGCUGCAGUGCAUCUUGCAGGUGGUACACACCGCUACUACUGUACACUAGAACUCAGACUGAUUAUCAAUUUCCAUGGAGCAGGACAUAGAGAGCUCAGUGGCUGGUCAGCAGCCAAAGCUGCCGAAACAAGUGCGAGAGGAUGCCCCGAAACAAAUAGCUACGGGCAAUCGCCCUGUCAAAAGGAGUAUCCAAAGGUACGUGCGAAAGGAUGGAAAAUGUAACGUUCACCAUGGGAAUGUCAGGGAGCGGUACCGUUACCUAACUGAUAUCUUCACUACGUUAGUGGACUUAAAGUGGAGGCACAACCUACUCAUUUUUGUCAUGGUCUAUACCACCACUUGGCUUUUCUUUGGAAUGAUCUGGUGGCUUAUUGCCUACAUACGAGGGGACUUGAACCACAUAGGGGACUCUACCUGGGUGCCCUGUGUUAACAAUCUCAAUGGCUUUGUCUCAGCAUUUCUCUUCUCCAUAGAAACUGAAACCACCAUUGGAUAUGGGUACAGAUUCAUCACAGACAAGUGUCCUGAAGGUAUCAUUUUACUCCUGGUCCAGUCUGUCCUGGGAUCAAUAGUCAAUGCCUUCAUGGUUGGUUGCAUGUUUGUGAAAAUAUCACAGCCCAAUAAAAGAGCUGAAACGUUGGUCUUCUCCACACAUGCUGUGAUCUCUGUACGUGAUGGGAAGUUGUGCCUAAUGUUCCGAGUUGGGGACCUGAGGAAUUCGCACAUUGUGGAGGCUUCGAUUCGUGCCAAGCUAAUCAAAUCAAGACAAACCAAGGAAGGAGAGUUCAUCCCACUCAAUCAAACAGACAUAAACGUUGGCUACGACACAGGUGAUGACCGUCUCUUUUUAGUCUCACCACUAAUAAUCUGCCAUGAGAUCAAUCAGCAGAGCCCAUUCUGGGAGAUCUCCAAAGCCCAGAUGGCCAAAGAAGAGGUGGAGAUUGUAGUAAUCCUCGAAGGAAUGGUGGAGGCAACAGGUAUGACAUGCCAAGCACGGAGUUCAUACGUUACCAAUGAAAUCCUGUGGGGUUACCGCUUCAUGCCUGUCCUAUCAUUGGAGGAAGGAUUUUAUGAGGUUGAUUACAACAACUUUCAUGAGACCUAUGAGAUAAAGACACCGCCCUGCAGCGCCAAAGAGUUGGCGGAGAUGAACAGCAAGGUGGAACUUCCCCUCACCUGGUCAGUCUCUACCAAGCUAAAUGAGGAGGAGGAGGAAGAGGAGGAGGAGGAAGAGGAGGAGGAAGGGGAGGUGCAACCAGAGGACAAACACCACGAGGAGCAAUCCGAGCAGAAUGGAGAGGUUACAAACUUAGAAAAUGAAUCCAAAGUAUGAAUUAGAAGAAACUGGAAUCUCACAUUUCUAAUGCAGGCAGUAAGGGAAUCAAAGUGUGAAGCAACACACUGAAGACUUUGAUAUUUGAACAAAAAUAUUGAUUAGGGAAAUGGGGGUGCUUUGGGAGUUGGGAAAUGAAUGGUUGGGGAUGAGGGGUACAGGUGUCGAAGGAUGAGGUGGGAUCACUCUGAAUUAACAGGACAGAGUUUAGUUUGCAAAGGAAUUUUUAACCAGUUAAUAUAGACACAACAUCUGUGUUUAAAAUAGAGCGACUAAAAUGCCUCAUUAGAGCAUACUUGGGUUCAGAAGCUAUUUAGAAUUUACUGUUUUAAAUGCUGGAACAGUAAACUGUCAGCUUUUUAAAGUAUCCAACAUUUAAGUAGUAAGAAUUAUGCAGAAGUAUUUCUAAUGCUGUGCUGUUAAGUGAAUACAGCAAAAUGAUCCCUUUUUAUGCUUAAUAUGUGUCUGUGUAUAUAUUAAAUGGUUCAGAUAGUAACAUUAUUAGAUUCAAUCAAGAUCUCAGGAAGGAUGCUGGGCAGGUGGAAGAUGUUGUACAUUUAAAGAAGCUCUGCUAUAUUUUCACUGGAGCUAACAUGAGAACUAUUUUUGGAUGUUGUUUACGAGUGGCUUUCUUUUUUAAACCCUUUGUAAUUUCCAACACUACUUUCUUUGGGAAGAAGAGCCCAGCACCCAUUCAAAGAAAACCAUAUUAAAUCAACAGCUUUUCACUUUCACAUCCCACCCUCCCCAUCAGAAGGUCUGUUUGAUCAUGGGAUCUCUUAUUAAUGUAUGAGCAUCAAAUAGUGACUGAAACCCAUGUUGCAAAGUUUAGCUACACAUCAACAACGUGAAUGUGACAAAAUGUAAACCCUGGGAAUUGAGAAAGAUGACUCGAAUAAAACAGGCUUGUGUUUCAUCAUUGGGUCAGCCUUUAUUAGAAUUAGAUUAGUGAUCGAGGGGUUUGCUAUCAAAUGGAGAAGUAAUUUCAACAUUAUGAUAUUUUACGAGGAUUGAAAGAGGUCAUUAUAAAACAAGUAUGUAUGGCUAUACAACCUUCAAUAUAUUGCUGGAUAAAUGUACAUAACAUAUGAAAUAUCUAUGGAUUUUUUUGAAUGUUAAUGAGAAUGUAGGUAAGUUGUACAGAAAUUGCGCACUUCAAAGCUGAGCAUCAUUUUGAGAGACUGAGACUUAAAUCAGUUCGAGGAAGAGGAAGGUGAUGGUGGGUAUGGUAGAGCAUAGAAUACAAGCAUUCCGUAUUGUGGUUUUAUUGUUUCUAACAUAUGAAAAAUGGCAUUGUGACUUUUUUCUUCUAAAUUCUGCCCUGUACAUAACUUUUAAUAGAUCAACAAAUUUAUGGCUGUCUGUUAGGCCCAUAUUUGAGCAGACAGUCCUGUUUUAAAGCAAUUCUCCAGACAUUUUGUAAAACUAAAAACGAACUUUCUUAAUGUAUAAACUUAUGUCCUUCUGCUUAUCUGUCUGCCAACGCAAUGGCACUGAAUUGUUUCAGCAUCUUCCUGGGACAAAGCAAAUGUCAAGUUGUGAUUUUACUUUGUCAUAUCUGUACCAUCCAACAACUCCCUUGCUCGCAUCUCCACACCCGACCUAGUUGUAUGCUUGGCAAUAGGUGAAUAGCUGUAAUUAAGAGAAUCAAGGGAAGUGGAGGCAUAGAUAGAGUUGAUAGCCAGAGACUAUUUCCCAGGGCAGAAAUGGCUAGCACGAGGGGUCAUAGUUUUAAGCUGGUUGGUGGAAAGUAUAGAGGGGAUGUCAGAGGCAGGUUCUUUACGCAGAGAGUUGUGAGAGCAUGGAAUGCGUUGCCAGCAGCAGUUGUGGAAGCAAGGUCAUUGGGGUCAUUUAAGAGACUGCUGGACAUGCAUAUGGUCACAGAAAUUUGAGGGUGCAUACAUGAGGAUCAAUGGUCGGCACAACAUUGUGGGCUGAAGGGCCUGUUCUGUGCUGUACUGUUCUAUGUUCUAUGUUCUAUGGAGACAAGAGGGAAAGGGGAGCUAAACUGAACAACCAACCACAAACUUACAGAAGUAGCAAAGAAAGUUCAAAGAGCCUUGCAACCUGCUCCUCUGCCUAUUUCAUGUGAUACACCGACAAGCAGAGAGAAGCAGCAUGCUGCAUGUAACUUUACAACAUAGAACCCACAAGAGAUUUAAGAAUUUUAGAGGUUUACAGGAAUAUUGUUUCAAUGUAUAAACAAUGAAAAGAUUUAACUAGGUACAUUACUAGUGCCAAAUCACUGCUUUUUAUAACUCACUACAUUUCAUUCAAAUGUUUUUAUUGGACAGUUACAGUAGCAGUUUAUAGAUAAAAGCAUAAUUCAUACUUCCCUUAAUUCUUUUAAAUGUUUGCAGCCUAAUGAUGCUAAGAACAUAAACUGCUUCAGCACUAAUGUACUACUUUUGAAGUGAUAUAACAAAGGAAAAGUGGGACUUAAAUUUAAACGGGGAAAAUCUCCAUGAAACAGCAAAGUGAAUGAUAAAGUCAUUCUUCAGCAACAUUGGGUUCAGAAGCUUGAGGGAUGAACAUUGGUCAGGAUGUGUGAGAACCUCCCUGUUCUCCUUCAAAAUAGUGUCAUGGGAUCUUUCAAGUUCACUAGAGAGGGAAAACAAGACCCUGGUUUAACAACUUACAGGCAAGACCACAGCUCCAAAGGGGCAACACCAUUUUGGUGACUGAAGAGUCAGCCUAGAGUUUGUUCCUUGAACAAAGCACCUUUAAACUCAGAGAAAAGAGUGCACCCAACAGAGCCCAGUUUGACCUUGUAUAUUUGAUCUCUUUAUUAAUAUGAAUGAUGAACUUGAGUUCAUAGCUAGGAUGAUCAACCCAGGAAAAGUUGGGAAUGUGCCUAGAGAUUUCAUGACAUGACCAUUUGCCUCCCACUGCACUUCCUCCAGCAUCAAUGCCCAACCACACACACAUCCUGGUGGGACAAAUUGCCUUCCUAACUCAAGCAAAAUGCAAACAGAACCCCACCUCCACCCUUCUCUACUAGCCAACUGAAUUGUGCACAGUCAAACCAAUCUCCAGUGGCAUUUUAGAAUUAAGCAAAAAAAAAGCUUCCAAACGAGAUAUAGAAGAAACAAUUUUGUAAUGGUGCAUUGAAUUUUUUUAUUUUCUCAAAGACAAAAUUGGGUGGCUCAGCGAUUAGCUCUGCUGCUUUGCAGCACCAGGGACCCAGGUUCAAUUCCAUCCUCAGGCAGCCAUGUGGAAUUUGCACGUUCUUACUGUGUCUGCAUGGGUUUCUUCCGAGUGCUCUGGUUUCCUUCCACAGUUCAAAGAUGUGCAGAUUUGGCGGAUUGCCAAUGCUAAAUUCCCAAAGUGUCCAGGGAUGUGUAGGCUAGGUGGGUUAGCCAUGGGAAAUGCAAGGUUCCUAGGAUACGGUAGGGGGUGCUAAGUCUGGGUGGGAUGUUCUUUGGCGGGCCAGUGCCAAAUGGCCUGUUACCAUGCUGCAGGGAUUCCAUGACACAAUGAAACAGUUACUUAUAGCAGUGCUGUGCCCUCCAAUCUUUAUUUCAAGCCUCAUCCACACUAGGAACAGCCCAGUCGCAAUUUUAACAAAACGGUUGUUAGUUUACUUUGAGAAAGCCUUUUGUAGUUGCAGGGCAUGUUUGAAGGUGAAUCAGGGAACAGUACCUGUCAAAAGAACCUGCUCCUGCAAACAUUCUCAUUUCUACCUGCCUGGAUGGUUUUCCACAAGUUGCUCCAAUCAGACGUGUGUUUUUUUUUCCCUUGUACAUUCUGUGCACUUUAUAAACCCUCACAGGAACUUUCUUCAAUUAGACUUUACUUCUCAAGUCAGAAACCAGCAAGAAUCUCAAUGGUGGAGGGGCCAGGAAAUUAUUUUUGAACAUUGUACCAUGUAAUUAAUAUUGAACGUACACCAUCAUUAACAUCAGUCUUAUAGUAACCAUUCAAGCACUGAAAGUCUCAAGUGCUUUUUGCAUACCGACUCUAACUAUAAAUUUCUGUACUUUUUUUUUAUGUUGAAUGUUUUCAAGUGAAAUUAAAGAAAUGCACGGCCGCACAUCUAAUUGGUCUUCUUUGUAAUCUUGAUUUCUGGCAGAGACAACCAUUUAACGUUGAUGCAGAGGUGAUACAUCUCAAAGGACACAAAUCAGUGAGAAUCAUUUUUUAUAUGUAAACCCAAGGAUAGCUGGAGUAGAGCAAUUACCAUCAGCAAUUUGCUCCAAGGCACUUACAUCAUAGGUUACAG